AAUCUUUACGCAAGUGACGUUGCAAUUGAUUUAAAUGGAAAGAAUUCGUUGAUGUUUUGAACUGUAUACUGCAGUAAACACAUAACUGCUUUAUUUUGAAAGCUGUCACCGGAAGAGCCGCUCGUACACACGAGCUCAACUGACAGGUGGAAGCCGCCUGCUUAGUUUUCGAAACGGCUUUCUGGCGAUAACGGUUCCAUGUUAAAAAUUUGAAAGUAUAUUGUAGCCAUCAAGUCGUUUAAUAACUGAAGUGGACAGCCUCAGAGUGUGUAACCACUCGGCGAAAAACAGCAAAAGAGAGUCCAGUCUCUCUGUUUUUUUUAUGUUUUGGUAAUCUGCGGCAGAGUUUCAAUUUAAUGUUAGCCUGGCAGCUAACUGGCUAACAUAACAUAUUGUGUCGCAGCCAGCUGGCUAACAUGACAAGUAGAACUUUCUGGCUACAGUGAAGAGGUAGGCUCAUGUGAUGGUUGUUAACAGCACGCUGUCUGGUUUUUUCUGUACUCAUCUGUUGCCAGUUGAAGCGGAAUCAACGUGAUUUAAGGCGUAGCCUGUCCGUCAGAGACCGAGCAGCCUAUCCCAGAGGAUCAACCGUCACACACUGGAAAUGCCUCCUACUUGUAACUUGUAGGCUGUAAAAUUAAAAUGGAUUGUAUCGGCAGCUAGCUUGUUCUUUCUUAACCGACCAUGUAAACUGUCUCGUCACAGAAGGCGGUCGACUCGUGACUGAUCGCUGUAGGACGGUUCAGGAGGAGCCAGUUACAGCCCUCCGAAUAACGGGAAGAAAAGACGCACCGAGACCGAGGGGCACCUCCGAGCUCUCCCCUCCUCCGGCCGUGUAAACUGGAGCGCUUUUACCGUUUGACGCCCCCAUAUGCCUGCGCCUACGCACGUCCCAACACCCUGAAGGCAGGCACAGAGAGAGAGAGAGAGAGAGAGAGAGAGAGAAGGAGGGAGGGAGGCAGCGGCAGCUCCGGGGUCCCCGACACUCAACCGAGGAGCGGCAUCGCUGAAAUGAGAUGAGGCUCAGAAAUGGAACUGUGGCCACUGCGAUUAUUUUCUUCACGUCUUUCCUCAGCCUGUCCUGGUACACAGCGUGGCAGAAUGGCAAAGAGAAGCUGAUAGCAUACCAGCGGGAGUUCCAUGCCUUGAAAGAGCGCCUUCGUGUGGCAGAGCACAGGACGCUGCAGCGCUCGUCUGAGCUCAACAACAUUCUCGAGCAGUUCAGACGUGCCAUCGCUGAGACUAACAGCAGCAAAGAUGCCCUCACAAACUUCUCAGAUGAGACACAGAAACUGCUGAAGGAGCUCGCAAAUAGGAAACCUCUCCAGGUGCCAAAUAUCUACCACCACCUGCCUCACCUUCUCAACAAUGAGGGCAGCCUGCAUCCUGCCGUGCAAGUUGGUCUUGGCCGCACAGGAGUUACCAUGGUGAUGGGGAUCCCCACAGUGAAGCGGAAGGUGAAGUCAUAUCUGUCAGAGACGCUUCGUUCACUUAUAGACAAGCUGUCACCAGAGGAGAAACUCGACUGUGUCAUUAUUGUUUUCGUCGGGGAGACUGACGUAGACUACGUGCACAGUGUGGUUGCCGGCCUAGAGAAAGAGUUUUCUACAGAGCUGAAUUCAGGUUUGCUGGAGGUGAUCUCUCCUCCCGUCACCUAUUACCCUGACCUCACCAACCUCAAAGAGACGUUUGGAGACUCCAAAGAGAGGGUUAGAUGGCGAACGAAGCAGAAUCUGGACUAUUCCUUCCUCAUGAUGUACGCUGUGAGCAAAGGGGUUUACUAUGUCCAGUUGGAGGAUGACAUUGUGGCCAAGCCCAACUACUUUGCCACUAUGAAGAACUUUGCCCUCCAGCUCUCGUCAGAGGACUGGAUGAUCCUGGAGUUCUCUCAGCUGGGCUUCAUCGGAAAAAUGUUCCAGGCUCCUGACCUAAACCUCAUUGUCGAGUUCAUCUUUAUGUUCUAUAAGGAGAAGCCCAUCGACUGGCUGCUGGACCACAUUCUCUGGGUCAAAGUCUGCAAUCCUGAGAAAGAUGCGAAACACUGCGAGCGACAGAAGUCCAGCCUACGUGUGCGGUUCAGACCCUCCUUAUUUCAACACGUGGGACUCCAUUCUUCUCUCGCUGGAAAGAUCCAAAAACUCACAGACAAAGACUUCCUGAAGCCACUGCUCCACAAGAUGCAUGUCAAUCCCCCAGCUGAGGUUUCCACUUCAAUGAAGGUAUAUCAGGGUCACACGCUGGAGAAAACGUACCUAGGAGAGGACUUCUUCUGGGCCAUCACUCCUACUGCAGGAGACUACAUCCUCUUCAAAUUUGACAGACCUGUCAGCAUAGAGAAGUUCCUGUUUCGCAGUGGUAACCAGGAGCACCCAGGAGACAAGAUCGAGAACACCACAGUGGAAAUACUGCCUGUCUCGGAAACUGGACUGCAGACCAAAGAGAAGUACAAGCGAACUGAAGACCGCUUUUACAGGAUCGGUCAGUUUGAAAAGGGUGCGGCAGAAGGGGCUGUUGAUCCUUCCUUCAAUCCUGUCCUGGCACUUCGACUCUCGGUUCUCAAAGACUCAGCUGUGUGGGCCAUCCUCAGCGAAAUACAUAUAAAGAGGAUAGCAGGCUGACUGUUGUGGAGGGGAACAUGAAUCAUGGCCCCUGGGGGACCAAAUUCUCUUAGACUGCUUACGCAGGGCCUCUGGCACCUAGCAACCGGCAGUGAAGUCAUUAGAGCCCACUAGAGUUGCCGUCUGAGGAACGCCACCUCUCUGUCCCGGCUCUUCCUAAUGUAUCUUGUUAUUUUUCUUCUCAUCGAUCGAUAUCCCCCUUUCUUUUUGCAUCCCUCCCUCACUUGUGUGCUCUUAAUUGAUUUGUGAGAAUGUGAAUACUACUGUCUAAAGAACAACAGCAGAGCGUUUGAAGAAAUCCACUCCCAGCUCUGCCUCUCAAAGUGACUGUGUCGUCCAGCAGCUUUGAACACAAUCAGAAAACACUUGGAUGAAUGAGGACAAAUCAUCACAUCUCGGGAGAACCAGUCACCUGGCCACUGGUAUCGAUGCUGCCAAAUCUCUCUUUUACUCAAUGCUGCCACUUUUGGGCACGCUGGGGCAUUGCACUAGCGCCACAGCACAGCCCGUGAUGAUCAAGAAUGUUCAAUCAUCACUAAUGGCCAGUUGCUCUCUGUUCUCAACAAAGAUGAAGGAGUUUCAGAUCAACACCAGCCCAAAACUAAAAUGUUUUUCUCACUCCCAGAGUAUUGUCGGUCACACUUAAAUAUUCCACUCGUCCUGAAACUCAGACUCAGGAUGAGUCCAAAAUCCUGCCUGAAGCCAGUCGGUGACAACUUUGACCACUGGCUAGAUUCCUCGGUAACUACCCCAAUCCAUUAAGAAAAUAAGACACCAUAUCUAUCUCACCUCCUGUCUGACGAGCUGUGUAUGACCUCGGUGUCCAUUUAUAGAAAACCAAUCAGACAUUGCCUUGGCGUCAUUUUCCCGAAGGAAUAUAUUGUUAUAUUGAUAUAUUAUUACAGCUAUGACGAUCUAUGAAGGUGACUUAAUUUAUUUGAAAUAAAUCUUUAAUUUGUACAAGAGGUUAAAUAUAUUUUUAUUCUAUGAAGAGAUGUUUAUGGUAGUUCAGAGUCUGUUUUAUUUGCAUACUGUUUGUGUGUGUGCGUGUGUGUGUGUGUUUGUGUAAAAUGCUAUUGUACAUUUUAUUUUCAUUAUUACAGCUACUUUAGAAGUUGCUUUAUUUGCUGGUGCAAGUAGCUCGGUUCAGUCGGCGUACCAGUUUCUCUCCACUUGAAGUCAAGCAAUGUGCAACUAAAACAAUUUUCACUGCUAAAAGCUGAACUGUAGUAAAGUUGUGAAUGGAUUCUGUUCGAGUACUUGUGGGUUAAAUUUAGAGAAAUGUGCCUUAAAUCCAAGUCCCUUCACAUGUCUCAGUGACACUUUUCCAAUCUGUUCCCUCACACUUUUGCCUACACUACGUUUGCUGGAUAUAGUAAUAAUCUGAAAAUAACAGUGUCCAGUUAGUGUUUGGAUGUUAAGAACAAUAUAUUAUGCUGAGUUAAAGUGGUAAACUAGGGUCUUUUUGUACCAGAUUACCAUCUGAAACGGUGUGCUUUGCACUGCUUUUUCACUUUUUUUUUGUUACAUCACACCCUUAAUCAUUGUACUUAAAUUUUCCAUCUUCUCAUAUUAGAUGCUCAUUUCACAGACUCCUCCUAAUCCACUUAAUGACUUAUUUUGUCCAAUCACAUAUCUGUUUUUCGAUUGGACAGAUGAUUGCUGAUCAUGGCAGAGUGAGCCUUUUGUUGUAUGAUGUGGUUUAGGUUGUGUAGUACUUUCACAGAUUGUAAAUAUAUUUAGAAAAAAGCAAUGAGCAUCUCUCUUUCUCUCUCUUCACUCUUGCUCUUCUGCCUCACUUGAUAGUUUAUUGAAAUUCACUUGACAUGUUUUGAGUGGAAGCUGUUUUUAAGUGAAACCUCAUUGUUUUUAAAUGUCAGCGGUUUAUUGAAGGAGGUAAUGAAGUGCCUUUUGUUGGAAUUGAUUAUGAGAUUGGAAGAAAUUGUUCCUAAUCAUGCUUGUUCACAUGCACAUUUAUAUUUGUACGUAACUUAUUAGUGGUGUUUUGUUUGGUCAGAGCAAGCUCCUUCACCCCUUGAUCAAACUAUCCAUGCUAGAGCUGCACUUGAAAAAACCUGAAGUGGUUCGAUCCCUGCCUCUUGAUCAAGUUUUUUUUUUUUUCUUGAAGUUGGGAGAAAAUAAGAGACACUUGAAGAAUGGGGAGAGCCACUUACACUAAUGUUAACUGGAUUGGCCUCUGACCCUUGUCCCACAUCUACACACAAAUGGAAACUGAAUGCAUGAAAACAGCAUGAGCAGUCAUGUGAUCCCUGAGAGACUAAAAAACAAAAAAAGGAACUCUUCCCUGGCUUGACAACCCCAUUCCUCCCUCAGUUCAUGUGCCUUCAUCAUGUACACGUGUAUGCCUGCCUCUGAUGAUUUUGACAUCAUUUUUCAUGGACAUCUUUGAAAUAAAUGGAAAAAAAGGUGCUAGAA